AUGGAUUCUAUUCCAACUUUAUUUGAAGAAUUAGAUGAAUAUAUUUCAAAAUCAUCAUUCAAGAAAGCAAUUCGUGUUUGUAACAAAAUCUUAGGUAUUGAAGCAGGAAAUGUUCAAGCUUUUCAAUGCAAAGUUAUUUGUUUAAUGCAACUUUCAAAUUUUCAAGAAGCAAUUGAUUGUUUUAAAAAAUCAAAACAAAUCGAAUCUAUGAGUUUCGAAUAUUCAUAUUGUCUCUAUGCACUUAACAAAUACCAAGAAUCAUUAAAACAAUUAGAAAAGUCACAAAAAGAUAACAGAUCAUUAGAACUUGAAGCUCAAAUUCAUUAUAAAUUAGAAGACUAUUCAAAAACCAUUUCAAUUUAUGAAAGUUUAUUAUCAAAACCAGAAUAUUCAGAUUCUGUCGAAUUCAUUACCAAUCUUUGUGCAGUUUAUUUAGAAGCUGGUAAAUUAAAUGAAUGUCAAGAUUUAAUAAAUAAAAAUAAAGGUCAACAAACUAAAACUUAUGAAUUAGCUUUUAACUCUGCCUGUUUAGCAAUUGCCAAAAAAGAUAUUAAAACUGCUGAAACCCAAUUAAAAUUAGCUAAAAAGGUUUGCACUGAUUCAUUAAAACAAGAUGGUUUUUCUGAAGAAGAAAUCAAAGAAGAACAAACAUCAAUUGAUACUCAAUUAGCCUAUUGUCAACAAAUUAAUGGUAAUUUUGAAAAAUCUUUAGAAUUAUAUCAAAGUGUUUUAGAUCAAGAGGUUGGUGAUGGUCCAAGUUUAAUUGCUGCUAACAACAAAACUUCAAUUAGUAUCAACUCUAGCAAGACCCAUGAAACUAAAGAAUUAACCACUGCUUUAGAAACUUUAAGAUCGUUAUUAAGUGAAUCAAAUGAAUCACGUCUUAAUGGUAAACAAAAGAGAGUAUUCAAUUACAAUAUCUGUUUAUUAUUAUUACAAUUAAAGAAAAUUGGUCAAUGCGAAGAACUCAUUAAAUCAAUUAAAAACAAAUUCAAAGGUGCCCAAAACUCAUCACUUGAAGAUCUUGAUAUCAUUAACUCUACUCUUUUAAUUAGAGAAAAGAAAUACGGUGAAGUUGAAAAACUCUUAAAAGGACACAGUGCAUCAUCUCUUAAGAGUCAAUUACUUUUAGCUCAAGUUUACUUAUUGGAUAACAAUGUUGUCAAGGCUCUUGGUGUUUUAGAACAAUUAGAUGAAACCGUUUCAAAUAAACCAGGUAUUAUUGCUACCAAAUGUGCCCUCUAUGAAAAAUCUGGUAACCUUGAUAAGGCCAUCGCUUGUUUAGAUACCUUAAUCUCACAAUUAGAAUCAAAAUCAAAGAGAACCGAACAAGAAGAUGAAAGCUAUGUUGGUCUUCUUAAAGCUUGCGGUAAUUUCAAAUUAAAACAUCACAAAUACAAAGAAGCCGCUGAAAUGUUUGAUAGAGUAUUAAAGAUCAAUCCAAAUGAUCUCUUAGCUCUUCCAUCAUACAUUGUUGCCACUUCACACUUUGAUGCCUCUCUUUCACAAAAAUAUCAAGGUAAACUUCCAAACAUUAAAUUUGAAAGCAAGAUCGAUUUGGAUUCAGUAGAAAAAUAUGGUUUAGCUUAUGAAAAGAAAACAAACGAAUCAUCUGAUGCCUCUGCCUCUGCUGUCGUCGAAAAGAAAUCAAACAAAGCCCCAAUUAAACUUGGUGAUGGUACUCUUGUCGAAAUUAAAAAAUCAAAGAAUAAAUUACCAAAGAAUAUUGUUGCCAACUAUACCCCAGACCCAGACCGUUGGUUACCAAAAUGGCAAAGAGCUAAUGCCAAAGCCUCAAGAAAGAAAAAUGCUAAAGAUGUCGUUAAAGGUCCACAAGGUUUAGCAUCUGCCUCUCAAACAGCCUCACUCUUUGUUAAAGAAUCAACUAAAGCCCAACCAGCCCAACCAUCUCAAUCCUCAUCAAAAUCUGAUAAACCAAAGAAUUUACACAAAAAGAAAUCAAAAAAAUAA